AUGGGGGCAACAGUGCCGCCGGAGGCAUCAGCUGUCGCGGCAGGCACCAUGUGCCGUGGGAAACACCAAGCACUGCAGAAGGGCGAGGUACAUCCUCAUUACAUUAGAAGUGACAAAAUAGACCCUUGUCUAAGAAAGAACGAGAGUGACACAGCGAAAGUUUGGGGACAACUUGGUGUGACUCUCUUUCCUAUCCUCAAAGAGGAGGGGUGGGGAAAUAAGCUAAAAAGCUGGGAUCUCAUAGCUGAUAGAGUUUGUAUCCCCAACUUAUCCAUGAAGGGUACCCUCGGAUUGGAACCGCUAGUGGGAACUUGGAACUCAUUGGAUGUGCAUCAUGAUAAAGUUAACCAAUGGUAUACCGUUGCUCGAUUGACCCAAUGGACUAAGAGGAGAGGUCCCCAACUAGGGAUAGGAUAG